AUGGGACCACCCCGGGGCCUGAGCCCCGGUGAUAUGCUGGAAGUCAUUCAUGGCUUCAAUGGACGGGGAGAAGAUGAACUGGUCAUGGCACCGCGUGAUCGGAUUGAAUUGGUGGAGUUGGACGACGAGUUUGGCGAUGCGUGGUACCUGGGCAAAAAUCUGAGCACGGGGAAAACAGGUCUUUUUCCAGCCAACUUCACCAAAGCGUGCACUACUAGAAAGAGCCUGGCCGAAUCGCCCGUGCUUUUAGAAUCACCGGCGCAAUUGGAAUUUGCGAGCGCGACAGAUUCAUCAUUCGCCUCAAUGGGGAGUGGGCAGUCCACUCCUCAAGCCUCACGACAUGUGAGCACCGCCGAUAUGCAAUCGCCGCAACUUGAUUCUCCCACCCAACAACGAUCCGCGUCAUCUCCGCUGCCUCGGCCCAGCCUGGCAGCCGACAUCCAACAAGCGUUCCGCAGCCCUAUCGGCAAUCACGUGAAUGGGGAAGAAAGCCCAGUGAUGAAUGAGACGUUGAGCGUCAUCGAUGAACACAUUACGGAUAUGAACACCCCGCGCCAUAGUGUGUCGACUCAAGACCACAAACCCAUCAAUGAUUCAGGAAGCGAGUAUAGCAGCCAUCUUGAUCAUCGGGCUUCUUAUAUCAAUGGACAGGAGACUGAUGAUGAAGAGAGGAACCUUCCCAGUGAGCAGCAAGUGCGGAAAUGGAGUCAAGCGGAGACUGCCAGACACUUGCGUGCGCUCGGUAUUGAUUCCAACCACUGUGAUAUCUUUGAAGAGCAGGAAAUCACCGGAGAUGUUCUUCUUGACAUGGAUCAGGAUUUCAUUUUUAUGAAGGAAUUCGAGUUUGGUGUCAUGGGCAAACGCCUGAAAACAUGGCACAAGAUCAAAGCCUUCCAAGAGGAUAUUAAGGGCUUUGGUCAACAGCAUAGCCAAAGAGGCUCCGUCUCGAGCAUCUCGGGCCCUCCGGAGGAGCGCACGUUGUCUCGCGCGGGACACACUGGCCCACUUCUCCCCCGGAUUCCAACGCUGUCAGAAAAGCACGGCUCAGGGUAUCAACAUCCCCGGGCCUCUGCUCCGACACAGCACCCACGACUGGCGAGCAAUAAUAGCUCGCCUAUGACUCCUCCAUACAGCCAUGACUCCCCGAGGAGAAUUUCUGCUGCGUCAAUUCGUGACCUUAAUCAUACGCGUCGUCAUUCGUCCAUCGACGCCACCCAUCGUGGCAUGCCCGAUGGUUUCAGUGGUCAUCAUCAAAAGAAGCCCUCGUUUGACCGUGCUUGGACUCUCAAUUCCGGUUCGCAGACAAUGCCCGCUCGUCCAGGAACAUCCUUGGGUACUUCAGGCUUUCGAGGACCACUGACUACCGACUCGGGCUCGUACACCAAUUCUUACACCACCACCCCUGAUCAGAUUGAUGACUUUGAUCGGGGUUACUUCUCGGGGACCGAAGUUGACAGCCGCCGGAAUCGUCGCGUUCUACAAAAACGCAGUUCUACCAAUGGCAGCGUGAGCCAUUCACGAAAGUCGAGCUAUGCUGACGAACCGUAUCGGGUCAAAACCGCCGGAAAGCGCCACUCUCGUGUUGGCAGUGCUGAUUCAAUCCGCGACGCAGCAAAGCAUGUUUCCCCUGCUGCUCAGGCUUACCAUGGCACGCCACCGAAGAGUCGACUGCGAAGCUUGAGCACUCGUGUCUCGGGAAGUGGAACUAGCUCCCAGUCUCCAGCUACUGAAAGCAAGACAGGCGGAUUCUUCGCCAACUUUGCCCCUCGGAGCAAGACUGAUUCCGACGGUAGUGCUCGCUCCUCUACAUCUCAGUUCCAACCAUUGAAGAAUGCCGGCCCCAAGUUCCGGCGGGCAAUGGGCCUUCGUGCUAUCUCCGAUGUUGUUGGAAAGAAAAUUGACACCUCUGCGCCUGUUUCGCCGCGCGAAUACGACCCCACUUCCGCGCGCACCGGAUCCACGACUCCAUCGGCGACGUCGAAGAGCUCGGAACGGCAUAGCACAGAUGGGUCUGGCAAGGUGACUGACCCCAACGGAUUCCAAAUUCGCCCUCGGACCGUCAAGUCCAAGAAAGAAACCAGCGCCUAUACUCGCGGUCUUGAGAAGAAGACCCCAGAGGAGCAGAUGGAUGGCUGCGAAUAUAGUGGAUGGAUGAAGAAGCGAUCUUCCAACUUGAUGACGACUUGGAAGCCCCGUCUGUUUGUCCUCCGUGGUCGUCGCUUGUCCUACUAUUAUUCCGAGGACGAUACCGAGGAAAGAGGCUUGAUUGACAUCACCGCCCACCGCGUCCUCCGAGCGGACCAAGACCCUAUAAUUGCCCUGCAUGCGACUAUCACCGGCUCAACCGCAAUGCCUGCCAACGCCAAUGCCAGCAACACCGCUGAAGACGGCACCAAUGGCACGAAGCUCAUCUCCCCCUCGGUAAUUCAGUCCCUCACCAACAAGGACGGCAGUGGACCCUUCUUCUUUAAACUCGUGCCCCCCAAGACAAACAACUCGCGCACCGUGCAGUUCACGAAGCCCGCCACCCACUAUUUCCAAGUCGACAAUGUCCAGCAAGGUCGCCUGUGGAUGGCUGCCCUGAUGAAAGCAACCAUCGAGCGUGAUCUGGGCCAGGCCGUGGAAAGCACCAACAAGCAAAAGACCAUCAGUCUGAAACAAGCCCAAGCCAUGAACCAGCGGCCGCCAGAGCUGAUGUCCGCUUCCUCUAAAGCCAAAGCAGAGCAAACAAUCGACGAGGAAGAGGAAGAGACUGGCCUACAGAUCGAUGGCCUCAACCUGUCCAACGCCCAGUCCUCCCCUGCUAACUCGUUCGAAGACGCCAAGGUCAGCCUGGACGAGCCUGAUCAGAACGGCACUGAUAAACCCACACUGGAUCGCCUUGGAGACCUAGGUUCUCCCUUGCUCCCCGAUCCCCUGACCAAGGCGGAAUCCAAGUGA